AUGAAAAUUUUUAUUAGUCUGAUCACAACACAGAGCCUUUCGACAAUUAUAGCAUUAACAGAAUUUGAGGAACCAAAAGAAGUUAUAGCAUUGGCUUUGGAACUUGCCGGAAUGUUUGUGUUACUUUUACUUUAUAAACUUAAACUUCCAGAGCUUUUUUAAAGAUUAAUACUGUUGAGUUAAGCGAUCUUAAUUUUUUUUUUGAUGCCAAAUUCGCAAUAUAAAUAUUUUACAGGGGCAUAUCAUAUAAUAAUUCGUCUAAUAGCGUUUCAAUAAGUUUCUAAACUGUUAAUACUAGAAUGGCUAGCUUUACUAGUCCUCCUAUUUACACUUGGAACUGCUAUCGAAAUACAUCAAAUCUUUCGUAGCAUUUUUGCUUUUCUUUGUUUAUCGGCUAUUCAAAGUUUCAAUCUUUUGGCUUAAAUGCAGAAAGAUUAAAAGAAACCGGAAAUAAUGGUUCACUCAAAAAUACAGUAUACAGGAUAUGAUUCAAUUCCCGAAAGAAGCCCAGAUCCCAAUUUCUCUGUAUUGUAUUUGGAUGACCAAUUUAACGAAACAAGUUUUUAGAAUUAAAGUUCAAUACUGAAAGAUUUAAAAAUUAGUUUGUAAUCGAUCCUACAUGAUUUAAUAAUCAAUAAAAUUGAUUCGAAUUCCAAAUCCAUUCUUUAAUGGAAGAACCCAGGCUGUUCUCUGCAAAAUUUGCUAGAUUAAAUUCGAGCAAACAGAUUACCAAUGAUAGUUCAGAUCCUGGAUUACAGUCAUCCAAAGCUCAACAAUCACUUUAUAAAAAUUAUUUUCACACAUGAUUUCAAAAUAUAAUUUUUAGAACUUGAGGAAAGAGACAGAUAUUUAAAACAGAAAUACAUAUUUGUUAUUUUGAAGUAACUCCUAAGCACAAUGUCACACGAAUUUGGAACCUCCUUAAAUUAUUUAUUGGCCAUAGCAUAAGUCGCCAUUGAAAAAUACUCUAAUUCUGAUAUGCUUUCCUAUUUUAUGCCUAUUAAAUCUAUGGGGUUGAUAAUGCAUAACUUUGUUUUGGACAUGGUGGAUUACAAUAAUAUACAAGGGAAAAAACUUGAAUUGCAAUUAGAAAAGAUAGAUAUCAUUUAAUUGUUGGAAGAAGUCAUAAAUAUCUUUUUCCACACACUUUAACAAAAGGGUCUCAAAAUUACCUACGAAAUCUUUUUAGCUGAGAAAACUAUUUUAACUGAUGGGAGAAGACUUAAACAAAUAUUGAUCACUCUUAUUUAGAAUUCGUAGAAGUUUACAUCCUAAGGAGGUAUCAAAAUAAUAGUUAAAUCAAUUGAAUAAAACAAAUACGUUUAAUUUGAGAUCCAAGAUACAGGUAUUGGGAUGACCUAAAAUGAAAUUGACGAUCUAACUGAAAUGCUUAAAUAUAAUUAUAAACAGGAAAAAAAGAUCUCUAAAAAUACUGCAGGGUUUGGAUUAGGCAGUUUUUUGUGUAAUAAGAUUGCCAUGAGUUUAAGCAAUCUAAAAUACGAAGAGGGUGGUGGAAUAAGAUAUUAUAGUGAUUAAGAGAAUAAAGGUACAAAUGUGGUAUUCAAGAUUAUUAAUGAACCCUUCAGUAUCACGUAUACUCUUACUGCUCCUUAAGAUAAUGGUAGUGGAAUAUUGAAAGUAGGCAAAAAUGCUAUUAUUGAUCUUAAGCAAUCUCAGAUUGAUUUAGGAGUAAGUUUCUUCAAAAAUCAAUUUACUAAUAACUUUAGUACUGUUUUUUUGCCAAAAGUGAAGAGUUUCCAUGAUGAAUUAGUGAAAGAGCGUUUUACUACGAAGGAUAAAUUUGGAGCACUCUUUUCAAAAUAAAUUAAAUAAACUACUAAGGAAUUAAACAGUAUUAAUGAGGAAACAAACGAAGAGGAUUAUUAAAAAAGACUCUAAUUUUAAAAUAUCAGAUAGUCUCAUUUUCCACAAAAAUGCAAAUCCAGCAAACAAAGUUCUUGUGAUGAAUUUGAGAAUGUUAUCGUGAAUUGCAGUUGCAAAUAGAUUCUCAUCGUUGAUGAUGAAAUGAUCAAUAUUUUAGGAUUGUAACUUAUGUUAAAGUCCUUCAAUUAAGAAUCAGAUGCAUCCUACAAUGGCCAAGAAGCAUUGACUAAAUUGGAUUAAGCCCAUUGUUUAUAUAACUUUAUAUUUAUGGACAUCAAUAUGCCAAUAAUGGAUGGAUUUGCUACUACUAAAGCCAUAAUUGAGAAGUACUAGAAAGAUGCUCCCAUAAUUAUAGCUUGCACAGCCUUCAAUGACAGUGAAACCAAAUAAUACUGUUAUGAAAUAGGCAUGUCUCAUUUUAUAAGUAAACCUGUCAAUAAAAAUGAACUAUAAAAACUUUUAAGUUAUCUUUUUAGUUGA